GGGGUUGCAAGAUCCAGCAGCUUCGUCCGUUCUUUGGAAAGUCAACCUAAUCGUUUGGAAAGGGCAAGAUGUCUCGCGGAAGUGAAGAACAAGAUGAAUUGCUUUACCAAGACCUGGAUGCGCCAGAACGGCGAGAUAACAGGUGCAAAGUCAAGUGGACACGUGAAGAGGAUGAACUACUGAAUUCCCUGGUGACAAAGUUUGGACAUGACUGGAAGUUCCUAGCAAGUCACUUUCCUAAUCGCACUGAACGGCAGUGUCAGCAUCGCUGGCUAAGGGUGUUAAAUCCAGUCUUGGUUAAAGGUCCUUGGACCAAAAAAGAAGACCAAAAGGUAAUUGAAUUGGUAAAAAAAUACGGCACAAAACAGUGGACGCUCAUAGCCAAACACUUGAAAGGCAGGCUGGGAAAACAGUGUCGAGAACGCUGGCACAACCACCUGAACCCUGAAGUGAAGAAGUCAUCCUGGACAGAGGAAGAGGACCGCAUCAUUUGUGAGGCUCACAAGGUUCUGGGGAACCGAUGGGCUGAGAUUGCUAAGCUGCUUCCAGGGAGGACUGACAAUGCUGUGAAGAACCACUGGAAUUCCACUAUCAAAAGGAAGGUGGACACGGGAGGUUUUCUUAAUGAAACUAAAGAAUCUAAGCCUCUCUAUCUGCUGGUGGAAGCUGAAAGCAAGGAAAGCCAGAAUGGACAGGAAGCGCCAAGCCAGCCAGCCUUUUUAGCCAACUGGCCUGUGAAUGCCUUGGAAACCAAAGAAGGGGAAGCCAACACUGAAGAGCCAGUUGGCUUCGACAAAGUGCCUUCUGAGCAGUCGCCUGUGGGAUUGGAGCAGGACAGUGCCAAGGAAGCCCCAGAAAACACAGUACCCGAUGAUGCCUUGGGGGAAGAUUCUCCAUAUACGUGGGUGGUAGAAGCUGGGAGCUAUUUGUGUGCGGCUGCCGUUCCAGCCAUUACAGAAGCUCUGGAUAUGAUUGAAUCUGACCCUGAUGGCUGGUGUGAUCUUACUCAGUUUGACCUGCCCGAGGAUCCCUCUGCAAGCAACAGCCCAGAUAAGCAAACAUCCAUCAAGUCCUACUCUUCCUUACCGAAUGUGACCGAAUACCGUUUGGAUGGCCACACCAUUUCUGACCUGAGCAAAGGCAGCAAGGGCGAGCUUAUCCCCAUCUCCCCACGCACUGAUAUGACCUUUGGCACUCCACCCUCAGUACUCAAGCGGCAAAAGAAAAGAAGGAUCAGCCUCUCACCAGUCACGGAGUGUGGCAACGUUACUAGCCUCUCCUUCCUGGACUCCUGUAGCAGCAUGACCCCUAAGAGCACCCCCGUCAAGAGCACCCCUGUCAAGCCACUGCCAUUCUCCCCCUCCCAGUUCCUGAAUUUCUGGACCAAACAAGACACUCUGGAUCUCGAGAACCCCUCAUUAACCUCCACACCUGUGUGCAGCCAGAAAGUAAUAGUGACCACACCAUUACACAGAGAUAAGACACCAUUGCUUCAGAAAAAUUCUGCGUUUGUGACACCUGAUCAGAAAUAUGUAGCAGACAGCACGCCUCAUACACCGACACCAUUCAAGAAUGCUCUGGAGAAGUAUGGACCACUGAGGCCUUUGCCGCCAACGCCUAGCUUGGAAGAGGAUUUGAAAGAAGUUCUACGGAGUGAGGCUGGUAUUGAGCUGAUCAUAGAAGAUGACGUGAAGCCAGAGAAGCAGAAGAGGAAACAAGGCCUACACAGGAGUCCCAUUAAAAAGGUCAGGAAAUCCCUUGCAUUAGACAUUAUGGAUGAAGACUUGAAGGUGACUGUUUCCACCAUGGCCAAACCCGUGUGCUUCAAAAGAGCUCAGUCUGUGAGCUUCCUUUCCCAGUCCCUAAACCUGUCUGUGUCAAGCAGCAAGAAUGACAGCCUGCUAAACCGAGGGUUUGUUCAAAUAAAGACCGAGAAAGUGCCGCCUUCCAAGAGAAUCCAAAGCAAAUACAGGCCGCCAGCUCUGAUGUCCAGUGCUUGGAAAACUGUGGCAUGUGGUGGCUCGAGAGACCAGCGGAUUAUGCAAGACAAAGCUCGACAGAUCUUGGGCAUGUUGAAACAAAACCACACAUCACGGACACUCAUCUUAUCUUGAAGGACUCUGUAGCCUUUUCUAGCUUUUCAUUUCUAUAUUUGAAUGGAAUGAGGCAACAGGCAAACAAACUAUUUCCUCCCCCUCGCCUUCAGUUUUGCCCAGAACUCUGUCAUGGAGAGUUCAAUUAAUUGCUCUAAAUUCUGGGUUCUAAAUGGGAUGUAGUUUGGGAAGUCUUGGGUAGAAGAAUGAAUGCGGGAUUUGGACAACAGCCCAACAUUGUUAAAGCUGAUGUGUACCCACUUUCCUUGACAAUCGUCUUCUCCUAUUUCCACAAAUGGAACUUGACAGCUUUAUUAGUCUUGCCUUCAACUGAUACAGGAAAGUGAUGUAAGAGGUGGAUCAGUGGUUGGUAGAGAACAUGCCUUGGACUCUGUAUUUAGUUUUGACCUUCCUGAGUGGAUCCCUGAAAGUGCAAUUCUUUAAAGUCCCUGCCAGUUUCAUCAGUACAAUCAUGUAUGUUGAUCGUCUUGGCUUUGACUUCAUGGGUUACCAGCAGUGGGUUGGGAUAGAAGGAAGAAUACCUGUUACACAAUGGAAGUAUCUUCUGUUAUGCUCGUUAGAUUGAAGGAACUGAGUGGAUUGGCAUACUGUUUGUUGCAAUAUAUAAGAGUAGGAAUAAUCUCUGGAGCAUUGCCGUCUAUAUUAAUAAUUAAUA